CAAAUACAGUUUACGGCGUCUGACAAGUAGAAAGUACACGCAGUUUUCAUCGAAAACAACAAAGUAAAUAAUUAAACUUUAAUUAUUAAAUAACUAUUGUUAAGUAAAUUGAUACAGUGAAUAGCACAAAAGUAAGUAAUGCUUAUACUAUCACUACAUAGUAGUGUGGAUUAUCUUUUACGCUAAAUAAUAGUUCGCAAACUUACCCAGCAAAUAAAUAGAAUUUAUUUCCCAAGAAUCUUGGGCCAAGGCCAAGAUAUAUAAAUAUUUUUUAGCAAAUUAUUUGUUUUGUUAACGAGUGAAACCUUCGAAGUUCGAACUAUUUUGAAACUUAAAUACAAAAUAAAUAUCUCCUCCAAUUCGCAUCCGGCUGCAAGAGGAGUUCCAAUAAUUUGUAUGCCCCGUGGUGGUGGUCGCCGUAAGCAAUCUCUCCAACACUACGACGAGGACGACGACGACGUGGCAGCAGAUAUGGCGUUUGGCGACGAUGGUGUUGAAAUGAGCGAUUCUCAAGUCGUGGAGGAAAUAUCGCCCCCAGUGGAUGAGGACGGAGAGGAGAUUUACAUUGUGGAGAAGAUUCUCGAUAAGCGCAUCAUUGAUGGAAAGACACAAUAUUAUCUGAAGUGGCAGGGAUACAGCUCCGAAUUUGAUACAUGGGAGCCCGAAGAAAACUUGGAAUGUGAGGAGCUCAUGGAAGAAUUCGAAAAGAAUUGGAGCGAAAAGCAGAAGCGUGGCUUCGACCGUGGCCUUCGCGCCGAACGAAUCGUGACCGUCAUCUACGACAAUAAGGAUCCAUCCAAAGAAGAAAUGGGGGUAAAAUUUCCCCCAAAGCCAACCUUCGCUAUCGUCAAGUGGAAAAAUUGUGACGAUGCGGACAUCGUUCCGAUUGAAGCUUGUGCUGAAAAGAUUCCACAACUGCUCAUUAAAUAUUACGAAGAUCGCAGAGUUGGACUCAUGACCCCGGAAAUGGUCAAAAUUGACAUUGCACAAGAUAACGAAAAUUUGAGGUCGAAAGGACUCGAGGUGGAUGAGGAUGAGGAUGAGCUGAUGCCGACGUUACAACCAUUUUCUUAAAAGUUUCGAUAUGAGAAUUUAUGCUGUAAAUUGGUAGUUUUAUAAAUGAGGUUCUGACUUUUGUUUAAACAAGUCUAAUUAAGAUUAUGAGUAUAGAAUAAUCAAAAUUCAUUGCUACAUUAAUACAAAUAAAAAUUAAACAUUAAUUAUGUAUUGUGCAUUACUUACGUAACUUUUUUUUACCAAAUGAAAGCAAGCUUUGGAUUAUCAAAAGUUCUUUUGAAAUAAUUAAAGCAUCACAAGUUUAGAUUAAGUGAAAACCAAUAAAUAUUUAUUCCAACAAGAAUCAAUCAAUUUUCUAAAUUUUUUUUCGAUUUUUAUAACAACGUAGUUAUCAAUGAGAUAACAAGUAUGAAGACGUAUUAAUAAUCUGGUUAGAGUUACGAGUGGUGAAAGUAACUAAUUUAUAGAGUCAGAUUGUAAGGUGACUGGCAGAUCGAGAAUUUAGGAUUAAAGCUCGAAUGGAAUAAAGGUAAACUAUACAGCAAAUCAAAACAUCAACCUGCGACGACAAGAAAUAAAACCGAGGAAUAAACCUAAUUAAUCAGG